AUGGCUUUGAUCAGCAGUACUCGAAUCAUGUCACGUCCACUUCUUAGACUGCUUCCAUCCGCACAGUCUGUAAAUGUUGGAUUGUGGCAUCGCCGUAAUGUCGCCACAGUACCACCACCCAAUCCUCAAAACCAUCCCAACCCUGGGAAUUUUGCAAAUCGUCCACGCGAAGAGCUUUCAAAAAUAGCCCACAAGGGUGGGAAAAAGGGUGGGAAAGCCACCGGCGUGGGUGGAUUCCAUAAAAUGGAUCCAGAGAAACAGCAUGCUAUCGCUUCGAAAGGCGGUCGUGCUGGUUCUCGUUCUCGGAAAAAAGCACCAGGAAACGGGGAAACCGAGUUAGAAGCCGAAAAGCGCGGCCGAUCGCAUGAGCCCUCGGUGGUUCCACCUGGAUUUGAAGAAUGGAAGACAAUGGCUUGA